AUGGGUUUUAAUUGUGAUGUGAUAUGUGAAUGUGAUGUGCAGGUAAUAAUGGGUCAUGGAGUAGCUAAGGUUAUAGAUUCAGGUCACCCAAACAUCAAGAAGGGUGAUUUUGUUUGGGGAACAAUCGGAUGGGAAGAGUACAGUCUCAUUACAACCCCUGAAGCUCUUUUUAAAAUCGAUCAUACUGAUGUACCCCUGUCAUAUUAUACAGGAAUUCUUGGUACGCCUGGUUUGACUGCUUAUGUUGGUUUUCAUGAGGUUUGCACUCCAAAGAAAGGAGAAUAUGUCUUCGUAUCUGCAGCAUCAGGUGCAGUUGGUCAACUUGUUGGACAGUUUGCUAAGUUGAUGGGUUGCUAUGUUGUUGGAAGUGCUGGAACUCAAGAAAAGGUUGAUCUGUUGAAGAAAUUAGGAUUUGAUGAGGCUUUUAAUUACAAGGAAGAGCAUGACUUGGAUGCAGCUUUGAAAAGGUACUUUCCUCAAGGCAUUGACAUU